AUGCCACCUUCACCACCCAGGAACAGGAGCCGCUCGCGCUCACCACCACGCAAACCAAAAUCAUCAGGAGGAUUCCGCUGGAAAGACAAGGGCUCGCGCGCAAACGACAGCUUCAGCCGCGACUUUGACGACCGCAACCGCGAAGAUGCGCCUCGCCGCUCUCCACCACCCCGCCGCAGCGACAAUGAUCGCGACAGAUUCCGCGACCGAUCACCCAGACGCGAUGGCAACAGGGAUAGCUAUCGCCCCAGAUCGCCGAGACGGGAUGACCGUGAUCGAUACAGAGAUGGAGGUGAUAGGAGACGCUCGCCCAGACACAAAGAGAAGGAGAAGAAGCCGAAACCUGUUGCUGCUCCCAGCCGAGCCGAGCCUAUGAUUAUUGUCAAUGUCAAUGAUCGCUUGGGAACCAAGGCUGCUAUUCCUUGCUUGGGUAGUGAUCCCGCCAUGGUCGCUGCACGUAUUGGUCGUCAGCCUCAUGAGAUUAUGUUGAAGAGACAGGGUGAACGCCCAUUCAAGGACCAUCUUACUCUGGACGAUUAUGGUGUCAGCAACGGUGUACAACUGGACCUCGAACUCGACACUGGCGAUUGA